AGCUGGAGGGGUGAUCGGGAGCCCCGCCUCUGCGCUCAGUCAGCGCUGCUGGAGGAGAAACAGGAGCGGCUCUGCUGAAGAAAUGAAUGACGUCCUGUUGUAAGUCCUUUCCUCAAACUCCGCAAAGACAUCCAGGAGUGGUCACUAAGGGGGGGGGGGGGGGUACAUCAGACUGCUGAAGUCAGGAUAGAUGAAAUUUGCAAAUAUGGAAUCUAGUGCUCAGAAAGCUUCUACAGAUGCUCUCCAUGCCAACACAUCUCAUGGAUGCACACAAGCAAGCAAGAAGAAAAUUCCUUACUGUUCGGAGUGUGGAAAGAGCUUCUCGAGGUACAACAGCCUCAAACUACACCAGCGCGUUCACACAGUCAAGAAGCCGCAUUACUGCUCAGAGUGUGGGAAGGGUUUUACUCGGCAAACUGAGCUCCAAGGACACCAGCGCAUUCACACGGGAGAGAAACCGUUUCGCUGCCCCGAAUGCGGGAAGAGUUUCAAACUACAGAAUCAUCUCCGGCGACACCAGCGCAUUCACACCGGAGAGAAACCGUAUCGCUGCUCGGAGUGCGGGAAGAGUUUUACUGUUCUGUGUCAGUUGCAAAUGCACCAGCGCAUCCACACGGGAGAGAAGCCCUUCGACUGCUCAGACUGUGGAAAGAGUUUCAUUGACCGGCGUACUCUUAUAAUCCAUCAGCGCAUUCACACAGGAGAGAAACCGUAUCACUGCUCGUACUGCGGAAACUGGUUUAGUGACAAAUGUAAUCUCAAAUCGCAUCAGCGCGUCCACACGGGAGAGAAGCCGUAUUACUGCUCAGAGUGUGGAGCAUGUUUUAGCAACGGAGGCAACCUGAAAAGACACCAGCGCAUUCACACAGGAGAGAAGCCGUAUUUCUGCUCGGACUGUGGGCGGAGCUUCAGGCAUUCAAAUACCGCAAAGAAACAUAAAUGUGCAAAGCGGGAAGAAGAAGAAGCUCUUGAUACAAUAACAUCCUAUUGCAAAUGUUUUCCCCAACUUCCUACCUCUGCAAAGACAUCCAAGAGUGGUCACCAAGGGUGCACUGGACUCCUGAAAUCAGGAGAGAUUAAAUGUGAGAAGAUGGAAUCCAGUGCUCAGAAAGCUCCCCAAGUUCCUCUCCACUCUGACGUGUCUCAUGGACGAACGCAGAAACAUGCAGACAAGGAGAGAAUUCCCUACUGCUCUGAGUGCGGAAAGAGUUUUUCAAGGUACGGCAGCCUCAAACUACACCAGCGCGUUCACACAGGAGAGAAGCCGUAUUACUGCUCAGAGUGUGGGAAGCGUUUUACUCGGCGGACUCAUCUUAAAGGACACCAGCGCAUUCACACAGGAGAGAAACCGUUUCGCUGCUCCGAAUGCGGGAAGAGCUUCAAACUACAGAAUCAUCUCCGGCGACACCAGCGCAUUCACACCGGAGAGAAACCGUAUCGCUGCUCGGAGUGCGGGAAGAGUUUUACUGUUCUGAAUAAUCUCCAAACGCACCAGCGCAUCCACACGGGAGAGAAGCCCUUCGACUGCUCAGACUGUGGGAAGAGUUUUACUGACCGGCGUACUCUUAUAAUCCAUCGGCGCAUUCACACAGGAGAGAAACCGUAUCACUGCUCGUACUGCGGAACCUGGUUUAGUGACAAACGUAAUCUCAGAGCGCAUCAGCGCGUCCACACGGGAGAGAAGCCGUAUUACUGCUCAGAGUGUGGAGUGUGUUUCAGCGAUAGAGGAAACCUGAAAAGACACCAGCGCAUUCACACAGGAGAGAAGCCGUAUUUCUGCUCGGACUGUGGGCGGAGCUUCAGGCAUUCAGAUACUGUAAAGAAACAUAAAUGUGCAAAGCGGGAAGAAGAAGAAGCUCUUGAUACGUGAGUUUUGUUAGGCCAGCUUGCGCUGUAGAAUACUCAGCGCCAAUUCGGUUAAAAGUGCAAAUUCGUCUGCAAACCAAUUUCUAGGGCAGGAGAAUCAAAAUACACUAUGACCAAAAGUAUACGGACAUCUGAUCAUCACCCUGUUUGACCUUGCUGGACAUCUCAUUUCACAAAGCCAUGGGCAUUACUAUGAAGUUGGCUUCACCUUGGCAGUAACAGCCUCUACUGGUCCAAUAGGAUUUUGGAGUAUGUGGGAAUUUGCACCAAAAGCGCAUUUGGCACUCAUGUUGCUCUGAAAGGCCUGGCUGACAAUCAACUCUCCUCAGUAAGUCACUGGAGUUCCUCCACACAAAACUCAUCAAACCUUGCUGGAACAGAAAAGAGCCUUCCCCAAAUGUCUGAUACAAUGCCGGAAGCAUAUAAUUUGUCCAAAAAGGCGUGCUUUACACCACUCCAGCAGACACUUGGCAUUGCGCAUAGUGAACUUAGGCUUGUGUGCAGCUGCUCGGCCAUGGAAACCCUUUUUAUGAAGCUCACGACACACAGUUCUUUUGCUGAUGUUACUUCCAGAGGCAUUAUGGAACUCUGUAAUGAGUGAUGCAACAGAGGAUAGGUGAUAUUUACACACCAGACGGCAGUCCCGGUCUGUGAGUUUGUGAUCUACUGCUUCGUGGCUGGCGUGUUGUUGCUCCUAAAUGUUCCCGUUUCACAAUGAUAGCACUGACAGAAAUUGCAUGAACUAACUUGUAGCAAAGGUGGCAUUCUAUGACAGUGUGAAGGUUCACUGACCUCUUCAGUACAACCCAUUCUACCACCGAAGUCUAUGAAUACUACAUGGCUAUGUGCUUGAUUUUAUACACCAGUGUGUCUAGAACACCAGACAUAAUGAUUAACAGGGUCAUAUUGUGUAUAUGCGGUAGCCUUGGGCUGAUUAUUUAUAUUCAGUAUCACAUUAAAACAGUAACAGUAUUAAAUAUAUUAUCGAACAGUAUCGAAAUAUAUUUCACUUAGAAAAUCAACAAAAGGUCAUUUGAUGAGGGGUGCCCAAAUAUUUGCAUACAACUGUGUAGAAUAGAGGAGACUGCAGUUCUGUACACACAUGCUAUUUCAUAGAAUUAUAUGUAACUAUGGAUUAAACCAUAAAUUUUCAGCUGGGCGAGGAAUACUUUGGAAUAUGAAACAAAAACUGCAGUACACAUAGAGCAAACCGGUCAAUCUUGUCCAAACGUCAGUUUAGCAAUAUUUUCUUAGUUUUAAUAUUUUCUAGUCCUGAGAACCACUGGAUUUGAACAGUUUCAUGUUGGCUGUGAAGAAUACAGUUAUCGUUAUAAAUGAAUAUUAGGAGCUACGCCAGAUGGUAAUUGUAUGGUAAAUAUAUUAUCAUCAGGGAAAAUGCUCCGUUACGUCGUAACUGAAUUUGGAACUAAAAAUAUAGUUUAUCUAAAUUUACAUUUAUGUUCAAGAAUGUUCAACAAUAAAAAAAACAAAGAUUUAACAUAACUGUGUUAUAUAGUAAUAUAUAGUAAUAUAGUAAUCAACUUGAGAGCCUAUUUAAUUACUUCAGCACUUGGCAAGUAAUAUCAUUCACGUUAAUGUUACUUUGCAGGAGCCAUCAAAACUUAUCAUAAACUUGAUAAAGUCCACAGAGUUUAUUUGACAGUCUAUCAUGUGUUAACUAAAUAUGGUAACAUCACUGGUUUUUCUGUUAUAUAUAGAUAACAUAUUCUCUCUGUGCUGCACAGUGGCGUGGUGGGUAGGGCUAUCGUCUUACAGCAAGAAGGGCCUGGGUUUAAUUCUUGACCAGGUGUCCAAGGCCCUUUCUGUGAGGAGUUUGCAUGCCCCAUCCACCCCUGCGUGGGUUUCCUCCCAUAGUCCAGAGACAUGCAAUCAGGCCAAUUGGACAUGCUAAAUUGCCCCAAGGUGUUAGUGUGUGUGUGUGGAUGUACAUCGCUGUUGUUGGAUC